AUGGUGGCGGCGUCGAGGCCGUGCUUGGGCUGCUGGGCCUGGCCCUGCCCUUGCAGGGGCUGUGCGCCGUGGUGCCGCGUCCUGGUGCGGCGAAGGUGGAGGAAGCGCAGGCAGAGGAAGAUGACGACGAGGAAGAAGCAGCAGGCGACGGAUGCCGCCAACGCGCUGAGCAGCGUGGUUGUGCUGCAGCACGGGGCCACGGCCUCUCCGGGCUCGAACGGCGCGAUGUAUGAGGACAUGGUGGAGGAAAUGGCUUUGGGAAACGAAGCUACAGCUAGCUAUAUAUAUGUAGACAGAUUAUGA